CUUGGUGGGUUCAACGGCACUAAAACCCUAGAAUCGAAAGCAGAGGUUAAAUCGCCACUGCUUGAGCAAGGGUGCCAACUGCGAUAAACCCUAGCCCUACAAUAUCAAAGAACAGGUAAGAUCGCCACUGCUUGAUCAAAGGUGCCAACUUCUUCUCAGAUUCUAAGCGAAAGAAUCAAUUGGAAGUCACUGCCAUGGUCGUACUGAACGAGAAAGCUCCGUCCUCAGCAGAGGUCGAGGCAAAGGACAAAAGACGCAAGAGAAAGAGACCGAAGAAAAGUCUUCCUUCAAUAGGUGCGGAAGAAGGGAAAGGAGAUGCUGAAGGUAAUGUAUCAGAAGAGAAAGUGAAAGAAGUCAAGAAGAUGAAGAGGAAGACGAAAACGAAAACAAAGACGAAGGGUGAGUUGGAGGAGGAAGGACAUGAAAAUGCUAACAGUGACGAGGGAGCGCAUGAUGUGGAAGGGGAAGUGGAGAAGGAUGAGGAGCAAGGGAACAACAAGAAGAAGGUUAAGACUGGUGGAUCGGGAAUUAUGAGUACCGUUUCAUUUGAUUCGCUUGAGUUGUCGGAGAAAACUCUCCGGGCGGUUAAGGACAUGAGAUUUGAGCACAUGACUCAGAUUCAAGCCAGGGCAAUUCCACCUUUUCUGAUUGGCAAAGAUGUUCUUGGCGCCGCGAGGACUGGUUCAGGGAAAACCCUUGCCUUUCUUAUACCAGCUGUGGAGCUGCUACAUCACAUCAGCUUCACUCCUCGUAAUGGAACUGGUGUUAUUGUUAUUUGUCCAACAAGGGAGCUUGCAAUGCAGACACAUGAAGUGGCAAAAGAGCUUCUCAAAUAUCAUUCACAGACACUUGGCCUAGUUACUGGUGGUUCUAGUAGACAAGCUGAGGCUGAUCGUAUUACAAAGGGAGUCAAUCUAUUAGUUGCAACCCCUGGUCGACUUCUUGACCAUCUUCAACAUACCAAGAAUUUUAUAUAUAAAAAUUUGAAGUGCCUCAUAAUUGAUGAAGCAGACAGGAUAUUGGAAACCAAUUUUGAGGAGGAAAUGAAACAAAUUAUAAAGAUCCUACCAAAGAAUAGGCAGACUGCUUUGUUCUCAGCAACCCAAACACAAAAGGUUGAAGAUCUUGUCCGCUUGUCAUUUCAGUCAACUCCUAUUUAUAUUGAUGUGGAUGAUGGGAGAACAAAGGUCACCAAUGAAGGGUUGCAACAGGGUUAUUGUGUUGUGCCCAGUGCUAAAAGAUUCAUUCUUCUAUAUUCCUUCUUAAAGAGAAACUUAUCUAAGAAAGUUAUGGUCUUCUUCUCAUCUUGUAACUCUGUAAAGUUCCAUGCCGACCUUCUUAGAUACAUUAAGGUUGAUUGCUUGGAUAUCCAUGGAAAGCAAAAGCAGCAAAAGAGAACUUCUACCUUCUUUGCCUUCAACAAGGCUGAGACAGGGAUCCUACUAUGUACUGAUGUUGCUGCACGUGGACUUGACAUUCCUGCUGUUGAUUGGAUUGUGCAAUACGAUCCUCCAGAUGAACCCAAGGAAUAUAUUCACAGAGUUGGUCGAACAGCUAGAGGUGAAGGUAGCAAAGGAAAUGCCCUACUUUUCUUGAUUCCUGAAGAGCUUCAAUUUCUUCGCUAUCUGAAGGCCGCAAAAGUUCCUGUCAAAGAGUAUGAGUUCAGUGAUAAGAAACUAGCCAACGUGCAGUCUCAUCUGGAGAAGCUGGUGGGCAGUAACUAUUAUCUGAACAAGUCGGCUAAGGAUGCUUACAGAUCCUAUUUACUAGCUUAUAAUUCACAUUCCAUGAAAGAUAUUUUUAAUGUUCACCGCCUUGAUCUUCAGGCUAUUGCAGCUUCCUUCUGCUUUUCCAACCCUCCAAAGGUGAACCUGAACAUUGACAGCAGUGCCUCAAAAUUCAGAAAGAAAACGCGUAAAGUAGAAGGGAGCAGGAAUCGGUUCAGUGAGAGCAAUCCUUACGGGAGGAAGAACGUCGAGGAGGAUGAGAGGCAAUUUGUAAGAUACUAGCUGAACUGAACUGUUGUUUGUCAACCCAUCUAUGAAAUGAAUUUGUUCAGAUUUCAUAGUUGAGAUAAUUAUUACUCGGCCCUUAGUGAAUCAUUUAUGUGCUGGUGUCCUAAAAUAGUCCUGGUACUGGUAACCAGAUGCGAUUUUGUAUCCCAAUAUUCAUAGCAUAGGAAAAAUUUUGAAUGUGGCGACUUAUUGAUUUCAUAAUGGUGUAAAUUUGUGGAACAGAACGCAGAGUAUAAUAUCUCUCUUUUAUAUUUCUUUUA